UAAAGAAAGGGCGGGGACGGGGAUAUGGUUUUAUAGCUGUCGCAAAGUAUGGUUGUGGUGUGGUUUUUUUCUCAGAAUUAAGACUCGUGGUUAUCAAUGAGCGUGAAAAGGGAAAGUUUGCUAAACCAUUUAUAUAUGUACGUAGGCCUGAUGCAAACAAAGUUCAAAUUAUUAUUUCCAUUCUGUUUGUAGUUACAAACACUGUGUAAAUCCAGAGGCAACUUACGUAAUACAAAUUCUUGAUCUAAAAUUAGGGAGUUAGUAAGCGAAUCCUUGUACGGCAUUGGCAUAAUAAAAAUCCUUUUAUUGAAAAAAAUGUCUCUUCUUUGUUCCGCCGUUCAUUUCGAAACAUCGUUAUUACAUCUGAAAUUAAUAUGAGAGGACAAAUAAUAGUUCGCAAUACUUUGCACCCACAUAUGUGCCAAAAUGCGAUGCAAUAAAAAAUAAACAUUGUUCGAUGAAGAUUAUAAGACUUGUGAUUAUAAGAAUCAUGUCGGGUACUUGAUACUGAAGUUCUUUUGAAGGUAUAGCUCAAGAUUCGUGCUGGUGCUAAAAUAAUAAUGUAUUGUAUGCGCCAUGCUCGCGUAGUGCUUGCGUACGGAAGUGCAACUCGUGAUAAGCAGCGAAACGUUACAUGAUUAACAAGCAUGAAAACAAAUAGCAACACCUGAUGGAAGGAUGUCUGGGUGCUAGUAAUUCAGGGAGUGUGUCUCCAGAAACAGUUAGACGAUGGAUUGUUAACGUUGAGAAUGUAUUGAGCACCCAUGUUGGCAGACAAAAGUUUCAAGACUUCUUACAAAAUUGCAAUGGAUUUGAAGAAGGAAUACAGCUGAUAACUUUUUGGGAAAUGUGCCACAAUUUAGUCCCAGAUGAAGAAACUAUUUCUAAGAAAAGGAAAAAGAAAAGAUGGUAUUCUUCCCAAAAAGAAGUGGAUGAAGCAGUGUUUAAUCAAGCAAAUGAAGUAUUAUCAUUUGCAAAUGAAAACAUCAAUGUAGACCCUGGCCAUCUUGAACGGAUAAGCAGUGCAAUUGAAAAUAAGAACUAUAAGCAACUUAUGAGCUCUAUUUUUGAAGUAAAAAAGGAAGCUGGUCUUCUAUUGGAAAGAUAUCAUGCCCUUUUUAAAGAAAAUUUAUUGCAACAACAAGGAUUUACGCACUCUUCGUAACGUGAUUGUAAUUUUUGCGAUAUGUACACCUCCCCCACCUUCAUUCAAAGUUUCCAAUAGCGGAUAUGAAAAUAAUUCACCAGACAAACUCAGACUAUGAUUUCUUACUAAGUAUUGAAGUAUUGCCACAUUUUACAUCCUGCACAGCACGCUACUACAGCCAACUAAUUGUAAAUGUUAAAUUCACAGGAACUAAAUUGAACCCGGUGGACCAGUGAAUGGCUUGCCUUGUCUGCAAAUGACACUUGCAUGUAUGGCUAAUAUAAAUAUAAUGGUAAUGAUGUAAAAUAACCAUAUUGUAAAAGAUAGUCUACCGCAUUUCAGUGCAUACAGUGUAGUGCAGAGGUCGGUUUCGUUAUUACAAAUUUGCAUUACUGCUCUAUUAACUUUUCACACUUUACCAUGCCUUCAUCUUUAGUACUUGUCUGGUGAUUUUGUAAGUCUAUUCAAUUGCUGAUAUUUCUUCAUGUAUUUAGCUCAAAGCAAAGUACUUAUAAUGUGAACAGUUGUAAAAUGUGUUGUUUUUAGAUGUUACUGUAAAUAUAAGUUGUUUUGAAAAUUGACGUUAUAUAUUUCUACACUUUUUGGGAAAAUCAAUACCAUUUAUUCUUUAAAUAUAUACAUAUAUUGUUAUUAACGUACAACAGCACACAUAAUCUUUCAUAUUUCAACAAAAUUAUGUAAAAUACAUUUCAAAAUACAACAAUUUUUAAAAGUUCUAUAAGACUACAUAAAAUAAAUGCAACAAUUCUUAACAUAUCUGUUUUGAUACAUCACUCAAUUGAUGAUACGCAGAUCUUUGGCAUUUGAAGUGCAAAGUGAAAAUGCAGAACAUCUUGUGUUGCCUGACAAAUGGAAGAUUGUCACAAUACUUAGCAUGGAGAAUUGGUCUCUAGUUUUGUAUAGAAGUAGUUUUAUUGUUUCGUGUAAAUUGCAUAUUUCAAAAUAUAGAUAAAUAGUACUGCAGCUCCAGAUGCAUAUAUACCGUCAAAAGGUAGAAAUCGAAUCUACAACUGAGCUUCAGAGAACACAUAAUCCACAACCUUGAUCUUUAGAGUAUUCAUUCUACAUUAAAAUAAUGUUUUUCAAGAAACUGUUUAAUUACCUUGCAACCAUUCAUGACUAUGAGACUUACAACCCAUUCAACAUUGUAUUUUCCAGUCACUUUUCCUAAAUGUAUAAAAUCAACCUCAUGCAAUACUUGUUACUGGUGCUUAAAGAUCAACAGGUAAAAAACAUUUGCAUAAGUCAUCAGCAAUAAGUAAUACAAUAUUUCAGAGGAUAUUAACUCAAGUAGUUUUGAGAUCCAUACCUCCUGUAGCUUGAAUAAUGGGCCUCAAAAAAAAAAGUCAUUGUUUGCCCAGCAAAGAAUAAAACAUCUUUUGUCAUAUUGUGGUCCCUUGAACAAGGUACAAAUCAUCUCAUUAAAAAUUACUUAUGUUGCUGAUUAAUGGUUGCAAAGUUUGUAAAAGUUUCAAAUCUAACAAUCUAAAAUUCAACUGGCCAUGCAAUAUUAAAUUUCAAUAUUUAUAAAAGUAAUACUAGAGAAUUAAGUUGUCAAAUUUGCAACACACCAAGUUAGGAGUGCACAAUUAAAAACAAAAGCAAGACCUGACAUGCUGCACACAAUUAUCAUUCAUCUACAACAUUAGUUCUCUCACUUGCAAUUUUUUUUUUUUUUUUACUUUCCAGUUUU